CGUUGAACCAGCAGCUUUGAAGUUUAAAAACAAUGGAGAAGACCCAGCAAACAAUCCAAAGAAUUCUUCUAGAACCCUACAAGUACCUACUUCAGUUACCAGGUAAACAAGUGAGAACCAAACUUUCACAUGCAUUUAAUCAUUGGUUGAAAGUUCCAGAAGACAAGCUACAGAUUAUCAUUGAAGUGACAGAAAUGUUGCAUAAUGCCAGUUUACUCAUUGAUGAUAUUGAAGACAACUCAAAACUGCAACGUGGCUUUCCAGUGGCACACAGCAUCUAUGGAAUUCCGUCUGUCAUCAAUUCUGCCAAUUAUGUGUAUUUCCUUGGUUUAGAGAAAGUCUUAACCCUUAAUCACCCAGAUGCAGUGAAGCUUUUUACAUGUCAGCUUUUAGAACUCCACCAGGGACAGGGCCUUGAUAUUUACUGGAGAGAUAGUUACACUUGUCCCACUGAAGAAGAAUAUAAAGCUAUGGUCCUGCAAAAGACAGGUGGACUGUUUGGAUUAGCAGUAGGUCUCAUGCAGUUGUUCUCUGAUUACAAAGAAGAUUUAAAGCCACUACUUAAUACACUUGGGCUCUUUUUUCAAAUUAGGGAUGAUUACGCUAAUCUGCACUCCAAAGAAUAUAAUGAAAACAAAAGCUUUUGUGAAGAUCUAACAGAGGGAAAGUUCUCAUUCCCUGUUAUUCAUGCUAUUUGGUCGAGGCCUGAAAGCACCCAAGUGCAGAAUAUCUUGCGCCAGAGAACCGAAAACACAGAUAUUAAAAAAUACUGCGUGUAUUAUCUUGAGAAUGUAGGUUCUUUUGAAUAUACUCGAAAUAGUCUUAAAGAGCUUGAAUCUAAAGCCUAUGAACAAAUUGAUGCAUGUGGUGGGAACCCUGAGCUAGUAGCUCUGAUAAAGCACUUGAGUAAGAUGUUCAAGGAAGAAAAUGAGUAAUAUUGAUUGGGCCUUAUAGCUUAUUUUAUUUCGGUUUGGUUU